AUGACUACUUAUUUUCAAUGUUUAGAAGAUGAUCAAAAAUUUCCAUUGCAAUUACUUAAAGAAUCAUCACCUUCUUUUGAUUAUCCAAUAUUCUUGAGACAUUUAUGUUGUAAUACAAUGAUGAUUGUUAUUGAAUUAUGGUUUGAUAACUUUUUAUCAAAUGGAAUUAAAAGCGACGAAGAAGAGACGUGUUUAAGACUGUUAGUAAGACAAUUUUUAAAAUUAAUUAUGAGUAAAACACCAUCAUUGGAAACUUUAAUACUAUGGAAGAAUUCGUUGAAUGGCUAUAAUAUAAUACUCGCAGAAUCGUUAACCAAUUGUAAUCCAAACACAUUAACUUGUUUAAAUGGACUGAGUGUUUUGAAAUUAGAUGGAAAUUACAACGAUUUAGAUUUAUAUUUAUUGACAAAGAAAUGUUCAAAAUUAAAAAAAAUAAUAAUAAACUGUGAAAUUAAUUCGAAUGGAUUAAAUUUAUUAAAUAAUUUGAUUAGAGUCCAAAAUUGUUUGAAGGUAUUUAAAUUAGGAUUUAAACCGGAAAAUAAUUUAUUUACAAAUAAAGUUAAACUUGGAUUGUUGGAUUCUUUAUCAUUGCAUCAAAAUACUUUAGGUAUAAUAGAAUUUAACAGAUGUAAUUUCAUUGACUGUGUGCCAGUGGAACCAUUGAAACAUAUUAAAAAUCUAAAGGAACUAAUAUUUUGGAAAUGUAUCAAUUUAACACCAGAAAAGAUGUUUCCGUUGAGAGAUUUGAAUUUCAAUGAAUUAGAAAAAUUGGAAAUUUAUGUUCAUCCGGGAAUUUCGUCAGACUUGAUAAUUAAAAUAAUUAAAAGCUCAAACAACAAAUUAAAAAAUUUAAGAUUAGCUGGUAUAACACCACAAAAUGACCUGUCAAAAGUAAGCUAG